AUGUUGUUGUUUAAAUCAUGUCUGACGGGCACAAUACGGGGAUUUUGUACGAAAGUUGACAAACCCAUUUUGAGUAAACUACGGAAAAAGACAGGCUUCCCUAUUAUCAACUGUAAAAAUGCCUUGAUUAAAUUUGACAAUGACUUUGAAAAGGCAGAACAAUGGUUACAAGAACAAGCACAGAAAGAAGGUUGGGAUAAGGCAACCAAAUUACAAUCCAGACCAAUGUCACAAGGUUUGAUUGGAUUAGUUGGAGAUCAGAAAUCAGCUACCAUGAUAGAAGUCAAUUGUGAAACUGAUUUUGUUGGCAAAAAUAUGAAGUUUGUAGAAUUGGUAACAAAUUUAUUAAAAAACUGUAGCAACCAUUGUAAUAAUAUAACAGCAAAUACUGUAAGUUAUACUCGAUUUGGAAAACUAGACAAAGAAGAGGUGAACUUGAUAGUAACACCAGAAGGUAAAACUGUACAAGAUAUGGUAGCAUACAAUGUUGGUAAUAUUGGUGAAAACAUGGCAAUAAGAAGGGCUGUCCACGUAGUAGCUUCACCCCAAUCACAACUCUAUACUUAUGUUCAUGUAUCAGAAGGCUUUGAAAAUUAUCAAAUAGGAAAAUAUGGAACAAUCGUUGAAAUACAACAAAGUGCUGAUGGAAAUAAUAAUUUUGUGGAAGAUUCAGAAAUCAAAAAUGGAAUUUGUCAGCAUAUUGUGGGGAUGAAUCCUAAGAUUAUUGGUGAACUUGAUGAUGAGACUCCUCCACAGGGAGACAAUGAAGACAGACUGUUAUUCCAGGAGUAUUUGUUAGAUUCCUCAGUGUUAGUUAAAGAUGUAGUUAAAGAUAAUGAUUUAGAAUUAGUAGACUUUGUCAGGUUUGAAUGUGGUGAAGUUUUACCUGGUGAUGAAGAAUAG